AUGAAGGUCUCCUUCGUCCGCAACGCGCGCUCCCCUCUGCUGGCUCUGAUACUCAUCGCCAGCGUCCUCGGUACGACCAUCUAUGUCAACACUAUGCUCGCCACCAACGCCUCCGUCGGCCUCAGCAACAGCUUGGGAGUCAGCGCGUACAACCGCUCGCAGGUAGACUGGAAAAUGGACACCACCGCGUUUAAAGACAGCGUCGCCAAGCCCUCACACCCGACGUCUGCCAUCUACCGUCGAGGCGAGACGUUUGACAGGAGCGUCGGCCGCGAGCGUGGAAUCAUGGUGUGUCUGCACGACGCCAUGCUCAACAUGGGGUUGUCCCUCAUCCGAGAACUGCGUUGCCUUGGUAACCGAGAGCUCAUUCAAGUGUAUCACUGUGGGAAGCAAGAGCUAUCCCAGAAGUCCGUUGAGCUGCUCUUCCGUCUCGACAACCGCGUCGAACUUGUCGACGUGUGCACCGAUCUCUCGACGCGCGGCGUCAUCUCCACCAACAUGACAGCCAAGUUUCGGAACUGGUGGAUCAAGCCGCUCGCCAUGUACCACACGGACGUGCGGCACGUGAUGCUGCUGGACGUGGACGACGUGAUCAUGAAGGACCCGGCGGUUCUACGCAGUCUCGAAGGAUACGUGAACACCGGCACAACGUUCUUCUACGACCGCGUCAUCACCAACAAGAGGUUCCUCACAGGAAACGACACAGGGAAGGUGUACCUCCAUAAACUACUGCACGAGUUUGACUACGCCCGAUUCAAUGUGCCCCGGGGAUUCGGCCCGUCACGGCACAUGUUCAACACGUUUGCCUUCAAGUCCAAGUCAAUCCACGAGAUGGAUUCGUCCAUGGUGCUUAUUGACAAGGAGCGUGCCGGGAAGGCUGUCAUGGACAUCAUGCUCUGGUUUAUCACUGAGGAACGAUUUCGGUUCACGUACUCGUGGGGAGACAAGGAAACGUUCUGGUUAGCGUUCGAGCUGGCUCAUGCACCGAAUUUCUUCUCACCAUGGGGAGUCAGUGGCGUGGACUCAAUGCCCAACGAAGACCUAAAGAACCACCCGGAUACCCUUUGCGGUAGCAUUCUCCAGUAUAUGCCAGUGGAGGACACUGGAACGGACGGUCAGCCAGAAGUUCUCUACAUGAACGGCAAAGCGCUUAUCGACCCGUACCCCCAGGGCAUCGGAUUUAUUCGUAAGGCCAAGCAGAACAAUCUGCUCAACACGAUCCCGACGCAGAUGACGCCUCGCCAACGUCGUCGGGCAGUGAACAUGUUCGCGCACCCUGGUAAGAAAUUUAACACGGAGUGUCUCGUGGGUUUGGGCGCUACUCCGUUGCCGGAUAAUUUCUCUCAGAACCUCCUGCGUCGCCGUCUUCACUUUCUGGGCAUCGCGAUGGGCGUACUUGGGUCUUCAGAGAAUUGUGAGACGUAUAGCAGCUAG